ACUCAUCGCUGCACUGAGAACAUCACAUACCAAUCGGUGAUGAGGGAGGUGCAACGCCACUUAAAAAGAGAGUUUGUUUGAUAAAUAUUCAACUUUUCCACCCGACUCCGGAUCACAGAACACAGAGGGACAUUCAGCACUCGACAACAGAUACGUGUGACUAAAAUGAGGAAUGUAAUUCAAUCCGUCGUGCUCCUCCUGGCUGCUGUGCUCAGGUCUAAAACAGGGGCAGUAGAGGUAAUAUAUGCUCAGGUGGGAGAGACGGCUACCCUUAAGUCUCCUGGGGAUAUUAAUCAAAACGAGUACGUGUACUGGUAUUUUGAAAAAGAGGAUGGCCUUCAGCUUGCCUGGCGCAAUAACAUGCGCGGAUCGUCGACCACUUCAGAUGAACCCUGGACAAACAGGCUGUCCUUGUCUGACACCUCACUGAUCAUCAAAGACAUCCAACAAAAUGACUUUGGGACUUUUCUCUUGAAACGCACCGGUGACCAUCACUUAGCUACAUAUAAACUGCUCAAAGUCACCGUGAGUGUGAACCCACCCUCUCCUCUGCUGCCUGGGGACUCACUGUCUCUGUCCUGCAAUGCACAGACUCUUCCGGGUCUCAAGGGCCCAGAGAUACAGUGGCUGAAUCCCUCGGGAGGGAAAGAUGAAAAAAGUCAAGGAUCACUUACUGUGAGAGCCACAAGCCAAGAAAAUGGCCAGUGGACUUGUGUUGUGACAUAUGAUAAGAAAGAGAACAAGGCCAUAGUUUCUGUUACGGUUUUGGACCUCUCCCCAGCUCCUUUACAUCCUCAAUAUACGUCUAAAUCCUGCCCUCUCACCAUCCCUUGUUCCCUACCUGCUCACAUCUCCUGGGAUCAACUCAAAGCCAAAGACAUCCAAGAUGUCCGCUGGCACUUUGUCCCUGAAUCAGGCUUGAUUCCACAGAGUCUCUUCUCCCUCUCUCUGGAGGAUCCACUGACCUGGAAGGCAAACCAAGACAGAGGACUGCGCCCUGUAACAGACCCUAAAAAAAAAGAUCUGUCUUUGACCAGAAAUCGAGGGACAGAAGAAGACAAAGGAGAUUAUGUGUGCGCCCUGGUAUUUAAAAAUGGUGUGACUGUGAACAGGACUGUGCACGUAAAGGUGCUGCAAAUCAUCUCCUCUCCAGGAACAGAGUUAAUUUCUGGCCAGCAGCUCAACCUGACUUGCAGCCUCGACCAUCCGCUGCCAUCUGACCUGCAACUGAAAUGGUUUCCCCCCAAACAAUCGUCCCUGUCGUCUCUGACAUCUGACCAUCACCUCGCCCAUCUCACCAUCCCGGAAGUGGUGACAGGAGAUGGCGGAAAGUGGAGAUGUGAGCUGUGGCAGAGCAACGCACUGCUGACAUCGGCUGAGAUAACGCUGAAAAUUGAACCCAAAAUGAGUUUGUGGAUGCUGGUGGUCAUAUGUAGUGUCACAGUCAUCGUAAUCCUCCUGCUCAUCCUGGCAUUCAUCCUCUACCGACGCAGACAACAGAAGAUGACACACCUCAGGCGCCGACUCUGCAAAUGCAAGACCCCCAAACCCAAAGGAUUCUACAGAACAUAAUAUCUCACACAGGGACAUUUUCAAGAGGACAUCAAAAACAAUUGAAUUUCCGUCCAGAUAAGAUGGAUUUUUCUGUCACAUCCACUAAGCUGUGAAACUCUGUUGGGUGUGUUAGUGAGGGUCAGGAAGUUUAAAAAAAAGUUAAUUUCAAAGACUGGUUUAUCACAAAAAUAUAUUUCACAUGUCGCUACAUAUCAGCCAUUACUGGAUUGUUUUUAUAUUUGUAAUGUAACAGAAUUGCCGUAUUCUUCUUUUAAUCAUCAUUUUAACAUUAUUGUUUGUGAUCAUUGCUUUUGAUAAUUGUUUAUGUUAUGCUACAUGUUAUUCACAUUGUUUCUAGAUAUCUUU